UAAGGGGGUUGGGAAACCUCACUGACCCAACAAAAUCCUCUUUCUGGGAGCUCAUGAAGCUGUAGGGCUGCAGGGAUCUUGGAGUGGACGGAUAAGGCUGCUGAGACAGGAUGAGAGGUUUAAACAUGCACAAAACAAAUUAGUUAGACUCAUAAGUUAGUUAAAAGUGCCUGUGAUCUGCCUGAGAAAUGUCCAUGCAGGGGUCAGUGCUCGCAGUGGGAAAAUGCCUCGCCUGCUUGGAGUUUAUGUUGUUUCCAGUGUGGCGGGGGAUCGGGGCCGGUAGUGGCGUUGGCGGUGGCUGGAGCCAGGGUUGGGGGCGCUGUUUGCGAUGGGAGCCCAACAGUCCAGGACAAGGGGCCCGGAUCCCAGCGUUUGACUACCCUGUCUGGUUAGUCCUCUGUCGUGGGGGACGUGCCAGACUCAGGGAGGUUUGUCAGAGAGGGAGGGGUGCCAUCAGACUGCCCACAGACAUGCUCAGCAUCAAGCUUCCCCAACUCUUCGACAUCCACCAGGUCCCCAAGGUGUUCAGGGAGGAUAGCAUCAUCUCUGGAUACCGUCACCCUCGGAGCUCAGCGCUGGACUGCGUCCUCAGCAGCUUCCAGAUGAACAACGAGACCAUCAACAUCUGGACCCACUUCUUGCCAACAUGGUAUUUCCUAUGGCGUUUCUGUGUCCUCUGCUCCACCCUGAACUUCCUGACCGACAGCUACACCUGGCCCCUGCUGGUGUACAUGCUGCUCAUUUGCAUUUACCCCUUCACCUCCAGCUGCGCUCACACCUUCAGCACCAUGUCUCCAGAGUCCCGCCACAUCUGCUACUUCUUUGACUACGGAGCGCUCAGCCUCUACAGCCUGGGUUGUGCCAUUAGCUACGGCUACUAUGUCAUGCCAGACUGUUGGGUGAACAGCUUCCUCCAUCAACAUUUUGUCCCCAUUGCCAUUGGAAACACGUUGUUCUGUACCAGCCUGUCCUGCUACUCCAGGUUCCUGGAGCUGCAGUUCCCACAGAGAAGUAAAGCUAUAAGAACAGGGGCGUUCGUCGUCCCCUUUAUGUUUGACACUGUCCCUCUGUUUUACAGGGUCCUUCUGUGCUGUGGAGGAAGCUGCAGCCCGAGCGACGCCUUGUCCAGUCACUGUUACCACCUCCUCUUCGCCUUCCUCACCUGCUUCCUGUUUACCGCCCACCUCCCGGAGAGGCUGGCCCCGGGGCGAUUCGACUACUUCGGCCACAGCCACCAGCUCUUCCAUGUCAGCGCCGUGGUGGGGACCCACUUCCAGAUGGAGGGCGUGAUAGCAGACAUGACGUCGCGGAGGGCGUCGCUCGUGGCCCACGGAGCGAUGCCUUCCUUCCUGGGGACCAUCGGGGCGCUGGUCGUCAGCCUCGUCCUCAACCUGGGCAUCAUAGGUAUUUUCAGCGCGCCGCUGCUGUGGAAGCCGUGCCGCAGCUCCAGCCAGGCGCACACAUCGGCGUGCGAGCGCAAGGAGCAGUGAGGCCGUGUUUUCCACCCGCAGCCACAGAACGGCUGAUUCACUUUCCAAAGGAAAGGUCGGGGCUGUUCGUCCGUCUCAGCGGUGUGUGUGUUCCAGAUGACUGUUGACAGUCCACAGUAGUGCUUGUUUAACACCCAUAGUUUUAUCAUUCAGAGAUUAAGUCUCUGAUCCAUCACGUUAAGUGCUAAAGCGUUUUUCUAACGUUAUACAUCUGAAGUAUUUGCUCAUGUGUUUACUCAGAAGCUGAGGACCCAGUCACAUUUACUGAAGCCUUUUUUUUUUUAAUGUUACAUUCAGUUUAUAUGUCAGAGGCUGAGAAAGCUUCAGAAAGGCUCUGGGUUGAAGGAAGCACGCUGUAAUAACACAACACAUAAGUGCCUUAUCGUAGACCUACACUUCACUGAUAGUGUUUAUAGCAGAUCACUACAAGUGCAAGUUUAAAUCUGAAACUGGAAACAUUAAGAGUCACAGUUAGCAGGGAUUAUAUUGAGUUAAUGAUGUGUACUAGGCCUUUUACUCUCCUCUACUUCAUUAAGGAUUAUUUGAAAAUAUUCUUUGGAACUGGACUAAUUGGUUAGUGUGGUUGUUCUGGGUAUAACGCAGCGCAGACGACCUGUAUUCAUCUCUACAUAAUAUAAUGCAGAUUGGAUUGCCAGCUCUUAUAUAUCCACCUAUUGAUUCCACUCUGCACUGACUGGAAUUGAUUUGCACACCAGUGUGGUUCUUUUUCUGAUUGCCUACCUAAUUAUGAACCCCACAAUCUGCCCUCAACAGGGGGGGAAAAAAAAGUUACAGUGCGGUGGUGAUUAAAAGACAGGCACCAUUUUUAUAACUGUGUUUCCAUGGCAGCGCUAUAGUGGCCUCAUGCCCCCUGAAGGUCUUUAACAAUUUUUAUGUUCUGAACAAAUGGCACCAUUUUCUCUUGUUCUUCCAUCACAUAUAAUAAGAUCCAUUCUGAACAUUUAUCACGUGUAAUUACACCUGGAAAAAAAAUUCCAGUUGAGAAGAAUUUACAUAUUUUCAGUCCAGUCAAAUUUCCAACACUUGUGGUUUAUAACAACUAUCGGUGGAAUUUAAGAGAAAUUGUGAAAAAAAAGUAUAUUAACUGAUAGUUUGGGGUCAUAUUAAUGUGGGAGUUUUGUGGUGUUGCAGUACUUUGGUGCAUACAUAGUAUAAAAACUCCUUAUAUACUGUGUUAUCUUGUUGUCCCAUGGAGACUGUUGUUUACAUUUACCACUGAAAUAAUAAGCCUCGUCUAUUUAUAGAAUUUUAUGAUAUUUAUUGCUUAUUUUACGUGCAGAAAUAGGAAUGAAGAUGGAGUGUUUUUUUUUUUUUUUUUCUUUUGUCGGGGGCAGCCAGAUAUACAUAAGGUAUAAUAAUUAAUAAAUAAAAAAAUCAUUCGCAUUUAAACAAAGUCCAUCUUAUCAAGUUAUUUUUGACCAUUAUUGAGCCUUAUUUAUUUUAGUAGGUCUCCAGACCUAAUCAACUUAUUUGAGGAUUUUUCUAAAAUAAAUGUCAGUGUCAGACCUGAAAAAUCAGUCGAUUAAUCAGUUAGUUGAUCAUAACUGCUGUAAUUGAUUUCUGUACUUAUAUUUCUGUUCAAUUGAAUAUUUGGAUUGUGGCCUGUUGAUUGGACAAACAUUGGGGAAAUUGUGAUGGGGCAUUUUUCACAGUUUUGUCUAGAUUUUAUAGUUAAACGAGAAAAUGAUUGAUAACACUAAAUAAAAGAGGAUAACAGACAAUUCACAAAUGGGUUCAAAUGAUCCAUCUCAAUUUAUUUUUACUUAAGACUUCAAGGGCUUAUUAAUGGACAGAAGUGACUUGAUAGGAAGCAUAAAUUAGAUAACGUAUUAAUAACAUUGUCAUAGCAGCCAUAGUAGUACUUUAUAUACCGUCUGUGGUUCAGAGACUGGCAGUAAAAAGUAAAAUUUAAUGGCUUUUAAUGGGAACUGGGUGUCACACAUACUAAACAUCUCUGUUGUAGCAUUAACACACAGUAGGUACAGAUUUCACAAAUGCUCACGUUACUUGACAAACAGCUUGGAAGCCUCAUCUGUAUAAAACAUGUUUUUAAAGCAUUUAGUUUCACAGAUUUACACCUAAUUCCACCAGUAACACCAGUAGUUCUUACACACAAUGCACGGGGGACACGUGUCUAACACACACACACACACACACACACACACACUCACACAAACCUGUUUUUAUAUAUGUUGGUGAGCGUUUAAUCAGAGGGGGAAUGUAUGUGAUAUUAUGGGAAUGAGGUGCGGUUGCAGGUGCAUGUCGGAUGCUGAAGUGGAAAUGUCGGACGCAGAGUGAAUGUUUAGAGUCACAAAGAGCACACACACAGACACGCACACUUUUUUUAUAGUGGGGCAUUGUUAAAGAUGUUUUCAAGGUUCGUGUGCACAGUAGAGAAAAAGACUUGUCGCCCUUUUUUAUGUCGCAGACGAAACAGAAGAGUAUUCACCCUCAUGUGGUUUCCACUGACUCUUGUUUUAUCUCCACUCCCGCCGAGCGUUGAUUGAUUUUUAUUUUCUCUCCACUCAUCAUCUUACAGCGUUCCUCGGUUUGACCCUGUUGCUUCUUGGAAUUGCAGCAUUUCUGGGUUAUGAUGUGGUUCUCUCCUAUCGACCCAAACUAGUUUGGAAACUCCUUUUAUUUCUGAGCUGCUGUUGUGUUUUUGUCAUCUCACUCAUUCGGUGUCAAAGCUGACGUUGCCUCUAUGAAUUGCAGUUAUAUAUUUAAUUUGUUAUCAAUAAAUUAUCAAUUACAAAUCCAGAAAUUCCCCAGACCAGAUCACUGUUACUUUGAAGGCUGUUUGUCCUUUAAACCUUGUUGGUUUUCUCCUCAGUGGACAAGUUGAUGCAGGUUGUAUUUAUCAGGAAAACUUUUCUUUUCUUUUCUUUUUUAAUACAGUGUAUUGAAGGAUGUUUGAUAACGUGAAAUCGAGAGCAAAUUCGAGUGUUGGAUGAACCAUUUGUUACAACAACAUUUCUGUGUCAAAAAAAAAGGAAAAACUGUGUUUGAAAGAGUUACUGGUGCCUUUUUAAAAAAAAAAAAAUUUUAUGCAACUUUUCUUUUGAUAUAAUGUUUAUUCCUUAUCUGCAAAAACAGAAAUGACCAUAAACUACUCUUAAAAUGUGUACAUACUUAUUUGUUCUUUGCUGUGUAUAAUUUGUAAUUUGCUACUUUGUUCUACUAGAUCUGUGUAAUAAAUUAAGCCUUUUAUAAAUGUAAUAA